AUGCUCGCCCUCGCACUCACACUCCCCCUCCUCGCCGCCGCCGCACCGCCCCCACCCCCCAGCCCCAACCCCAUCACACUCCCCGUCUCGGCGCACGGCUUCUUCUCCCUCUGGGGCAGCGAGACGGAUUACCUCGCGAACAAGUAUGGCCACGGGCACCAAGGCAUCGCGCGCCGCGGCAUGGAGGAGCGCCAGGCCGGCUCGGCAGACCUCAGCAACAUUGGCGUCACGUAUACCGUCCCGCUCGAGAUUGGCAACCCGCCCCAAAAGUUCGACUCGGUCAUCGACACAGGCUCCAGCGUCACAUGGGUCAUCGCCAACUGCACCGACCCCUCCGAGUGUGGCCAAGCGCCCGUCUUCAACGGCUCGCAGUCCUCGACCCUCCUCGAGUCCGACACCCCCUACGACAUCCAGUACGGCCGUGGCUCCGCCGCCGGCCAUGUAGCCUACGACGAGAUCGCUGUCGGAGGGCAGAAAGCCCAGGCUGCAUUCGUCAUGGUCGACGAGCUCACCGAGUGGGGCCUCUCCUUCUCGUCGCUCACCGGCUUCUCUCCCCGCACCGGCGCCUGGUUCCUGCGCGUCGCGGGCACCUGGGCCGAGCCCAUCUUUGGCCUCUACCUCGGCCGCAGCGAGCAGGCGGCCCCGGCCAACCCUGUGCCCGGCAACGGUCUUCUGACUCUCGGCGGCGUCGACUCGUCCAAGUUCACCGGCGACCUGCACUGGAUCGAUGCCAACAUCACCGGCUGGUGGACCAUUCCGCUUGAAGGCCUCAAAGUCAGCGGGCAGGACAUCGACCUGACCCUCGAAACGGCGCCGUACUCGCACACGGGCGGCAGGCCCGCCGCCGUCAUCGACAGCGGCACGACGCUCGUCAACGGCCCCCGCGCCGCCAUCACGGAAAUGUACGCCAAGCUCAACGCGACCGAGAUCUCGAACGGCCUCUUCGUCUUCCCCUGCGCCAACGGCGUGCCCCCCAUCUCCCUCACCUUCGGCGGCGUAGCCUACACCAUGCACCCCGCCGACACGAUCAUGGGCUCGUCGCCCGUCUCGUACAUCCGCGACCGCUUCAACGUGUCCCUCCCCGGCGCCGACGACGACUACUACUGCCGCGCCGCGAUCGACAUCUUUGAGCCGCCGUCCGCCGACUUUGCCGCCCCCAAGUGGAUCAUCGGCGCCGCCUUCAUGCGCAGCGUGUACACCGCGCACCGCCUCACCCCGCCCGCGCUCGGCUUUGCGCCCGUCGCCGAGGCGGCGGCGACGCCCGACGGUGUCGUGAACACGGACAGCGGCGCGCGGCAAGUGGCCAGCGCCGCGUCGCGCACGGCAGCCGGCGCCGGCCUCGCCGCCGUCGCCCUCGUCGUCGCCCUCGCCGCGCUGUAAGCAGUGUCCCCAUGCGCCUCACUCGCCAGUGCCGGCGCCGGCCCAAUGUCUUUGUAGCAUACCUGUAACGCGACACUCGCCUUGUGUUACUGUACGUAGCCGCCACUCCUUGGACUUUGCUACCGAUGAACAGUGUCUGUCAG